AUGACGCAACAGCCAAACCAUGCCCACACUCCGCAGCAGGCGCAGGUGUCGAGCCAAGGGCCUUCUCAAGGAACGCCGCCGCAGGCUUCGACCCAAAAGCAUGCGCAGCAAAUGGCGCAGCAGGGGCAUGGACAAAAUCAUCGCAUACAGCAGGGUACAGAGCAAUCUCAGCAGGAUGCGGGGCCCAGUCAGGCGCAAGGUGGACAGCGGUCAAUGGGAUCCCGAGCGGAUGCUCUCGGUGUGAGCGGAAUGGCGGACGGUGAUCGGCCUGCCGCCUCCAGACAAGAACAAGAAGGUACGGACCAAGGCUGCAGCCAAUUAAAAGUGGAAGACGCUCUCGCCUAUCUGGAACAGGUGAAGCAAGAGUUCAAUUCUCACCCCGAUGUGUACGACCACUUCUUGGAUAUCAUGAAGGAGUUCAAGGCCAACUCGAUUGACACCACAGAGGUUAUUCGGAGGGUAAUCACGUUGUUCGAGGGAAGAAAAAGACUUACACUAGGGUUUAAUACCUUUCUACCACCAGGGUACAGGAUUUCAGAGCGGAUGAUCCUUUCAUACUCUCUGAAAUCUUGUCCCAGGAGAUCGGCAAGGCUCGUGAGGCAACGUUUACCAUGCUGUGGACAAAGACAGUAGUUUUGUGGCGCUCAAAAAGGUCAAACUGGAGAGCUCGCGCAACUGGAAGCUGUACAAGGUCGAGGUGCAAAAGAUGCAGAACCAGUACAAGGCGGACAACGUAAUGGAUUGCUAGGAUGUAUUCAGAAGCCGCAACGAGCUGUGGAUUGUGAAGGAGUACAUAUCUGCCCGGACUUUAGCGGACUUACUAUCCAAGAAGCGAGGGGCGGAGUUUCAACGGUCGCAGCAAGCACAGGGCGAGGGGGCUGGCGAGGUCGCUGGCGAGGUCGCUGGGGGGCGCAAGAUGGAAGAGAGCGUGAUCGCAUACAUAUGCCGUGGGGUGUUGCGCGGGCUGGAAACCUUGCACUCGAUCCGACGCGUGCAUCACAACAUCAAGGAGGACAACGCUCUGCUGGACAUGGACCGGGUCGGUGAAGAUCGCGGACUUUGGGUUCUGCGCCGAGCUCUCCCGCGGGUUCGGGAAGCGCAACACGGUGGUGGGGACGCCCUACUGGAUGGCGCCCGAGGUGAUCCGCGGGGCCAAUUCCGACUGCAAGGUGGACUUGUGGUCGACGGGGAUCCUGGCGCUCGAGUGCGCGGAGGGCAAGCUGCCGCACUUGGAAACGUCGCCGAUCCGGGUGAUUUUCCUGAUCGCGACGCAAGGCGCACCGGAGCUGAGCGAGGCGGCGAGAUGGUCGGAGACGAUGCGUGAAUUCAUUGGGCUGUGUUGUAAGGUCAAGGCGGAGGAGAGACGGUCGGCUGAGGAGAUGUUGCAGCAUGAGUUUAUUGAGAGAGCUUGCUCGCAAGCAGACGCGGCCGGGGUUUUCCCAGAGGCUUGCGACCUGAGAUUUAGGAAGAGGAGGGAAGGGCGGACGAGGGGGUUUAGCAAUUAUCAGUUCCAGACGGAGUGGUAGAGAGGUGGAGAGUUAGAGAAGUGGAGAACUAGAGAGCUAGGUACACGGUAGAUAGAGGGGCGGCUUUUUGUAAAAUACCGUAGGAGAGAAGGCAAGUAUAAUCCUCUCUCCUCAAAGGAGCUUGGCUACCACAGCGACAGUCA